UAUCAAUUGGACUAUCCACUAUACGUUAAUACUUCAUCCAGUUCGGAUCAUUAGACUGCGUGAUAUCAGCAAGAAGUACUUGUUAUGAAUAAAACUUACGUACUGGAUACUUUUAUCUGUGUUUUUAUAGUUUCGAUAAGUAGACCUCAUUUGGCCCGAGUUGCCUUCGGUUGUAUAUGAAUAAUUAACAAAAACUUUGUUUCUGCUAAGUGCAUUCUGUUGUAUUGUUUUGUUUUGUGUUGUGGUAUUGAGAAUGGAAGCCCAUUUCCACAAUCUCACCCACGUAUUCGAAAAAGUGGAGUAUCACAUCAGAAAUGGAACAUUCGUUGUUGCCGAUCAAACGACCGAAACCAUGGUGACCCAAGCAAUAAUUUUAAUUGCAGCAUUCCUCAGCUUCACGUCGAAUCUGGUGAUAAUUUUUUCAACGAUAAAAAACUCCAACACGUUGAACAGUAAUUUGGACACUCUAAUUCUCCACAUCUCGAUUUUUGGUAAUUUCAUCAUCAUACUUCAGUGCGCGCUUGUGUUCGAUGACGCGAAAUAUCUGGUGAAAAAUAUAUCAGAAACCCUAUACUGUUUCUUGGACGACUUGUGGGGCGUUCUGAUGCAGGGCAUUAUUUUCUUUAUGAUUUUAAUAAAGAUUUAUUGGUUCUCGAGAAUAUACGCGCCGGAUAAGAACGCUUGGCUUCAGAAGUACUUCCAGAGCGUUAUUAAAGCGGUUUAUAUUUUAUUGGGACUGUUGAUUCUGCUACAUUUGGAAGCUUGUGUGAAUUGGAGAUUAUACCAGCUACCAAUAAGUCUGCUAAUACUAUUUACAGGCAUUUACGCUGCCUUUAUAGUGGGGUUAGAUGUAAUUCAUGUUUUUAAAAGGAAGAGCUACAAAAAGUAUAUUACUUACGAUAUAAGUUUUAUUGUUCCCAAUUUAUUUUUGCUUGCCUGGAUGCCUUUACUACUGAAUAUACUUUUUGCCUUUUAUUAUUUUAGAUUUAUAAAUGUUUCUAAGAUUGUAGGCAUGCUGUAUCCAGUUUAUGUAUGUUUUGUACUGUUUUUGUACGAUGAGCAUUAUAAUUUAGCUUUUAAAAAUUUCUUUAGGUGUAGAAGGAAGUUGGAUCACGUUAUUGUUAAUACUCAAGAAAAUGUAUGAUUUCGUACUUUAAUUGUGAAUUUGUGUAAUUAUUUAUAAUUAACGCACGUAUGAUAAUAAACGCAUGUACUUAGUAGUAGUGUUUACAACUACAACUA